AUGCAGCACCUAAUACUUGUAGGGGCGUGUUACUUAGAUACCAUUCUCAGGGAAGCCAACGAUGUACCGUUCUUCCCGGAAGAAGACUCAAAGCUCCGUGCGACCAGCCUAUCCAUCCGUCGUGGAGGCAACUGCCCAAACUCGCUCGAGGUGCUCCAGCAGAUCCUUGUGCCACGGGAACCUGUUGGACUAUUCCUCAUUACAUGUCUCCCAAGCAGGGCAUCCUCAGCAACGCGUCGGGUCAUUGGAUCGUUUGGAGAACAGUCCGUCGUCAACUUUGACCACUGUCUCUAUCGGGAGGCGUACGAUGAAGCAGCAAGUAGCUAUGUCAUCCGGAGCGAGCGGAGCAGCAGUCGCACUAUCAUCAACUACAACGACUUACCUGAAAUGACACCUGACGAAUUCAAGGAAAAGGCAGGGGCGUUUGACGCGGACCAAGAGACCUGGUGGCACUUUGAGGGGCGAAUUCCAGACACAACGCUCAGUUGCAUUCGCCAUGUACGCAAAACACAGCCCAAGGCGCGGAUCAGCGUCGAGGUCGAGAAGCCCGGACGACCAGGCCUUCCAGAGUUGGCGGCUGAGGCGGAUGUCGUCUUCUACUCGCGGAGUUGGGCCGAGGGUCGUGGAUACCAGUCCCCCGAGGCGUUUCUCAGGAGCGAAACACCGCCGAAAGUAUCGUUGGCCCUGUGUACCUGGGGCGCUGACGGAGCCGCUGCCCUGUCUCGGUCUACGAAGGAGGAGGAGGAGAAGUGCUUUCUCUGCCCAGUUCCAAAGAAGGCGAUUGCCGUUAUCGACGCCGUGGGUGCGGGCGACACGUUCAUCGGCGGUAUGCUGUAUGGCUUGGUAUGCCAGAGCCAGAGCUGGGAUGUGAGACGCAAGGUCGAGUUUGCGGUUGGGCUGGCCACCCGCAAAGUACAGCAGGAGGGGUUUGGUGGGCUCGACGCAGCUCGUACUUGGGAUUAA